AAUAGUUGCAUAGUCGGACAAAACCUCCCACCAAUGGAUGCAUACUCGGACACAAUCCUCCAACCAAUUGUUUCAUAGUCGGACAAAACCUCCCAACAUCCGUUGCAUAGUCGGACAAAAUCUCCCACAAAUUUUUGCAUAGUCGGACAAACCCUCCCACCAAUAGUUGCAUAGUCGGACAAAACCUCCCACCAAUUUUUGCAUAGUCGGACAAACCCUCCCACCAAUGGUUGCAUAGUCGGACAAAACCUCCCAUCAAUGGAUGCAUAGUCGGACAAACCCUCCCACGAAUUGUUGCAUGGUCUGACAAAACUUCCACCAAUGGUUGCAUAGUCGGACAAAACCUCCCACCAAUGGAUGCAUAGUCGGACAAACCCUCCCACCAAUGGAUGCAUAGUCGGACAAACCCUCCCACCAAUAGAUGCAUAAUCGGACAAAACCUGCCAACAAUGGAUGCAUAGUCGGACAAACUCCCCACCAAUGGUUGCAAAGUCGGACCAAAUCCUCCCACCAAAUGCUGCAUAGUCGGACAAAACCUCCCAACAUCCGUUGCAUAGUCGGACAAACCCUCCCACCAAUAGUUGCAUAGUCGGACAAACCCUCCCACCAAUAGUUGCAUAGUCAGACAAACCCUCCCACUAAUAGUGGCAUAAUCGGACAAACCCUCCCACCAAUAGUGGCAUAGUCGGACAAACCCUCCCACCAAUAGUUGCAUAGUCGGACAAACCCUCCCACCAAUUUUUGCAUAGUCGGACAAACCCUCCUACCAAUGGAUGCAUAGUCGGACAAACCCUCCCACAAAUUGUUGCAUGGUCUGACAAAACUUCCCACCAAUUGUUGCACAGUCAAACAUAACCUCUCACCAGUUGUGGCAUAGUCGGAUAAAACACCUUACAAUUUUUGCACAGUCGGACAAACCCUCCCACCAAUUGUUGCAUAGUCGGACAAAAUCCCCCACCAGUUGUUGCAUAGUCGGACAAAAUCCCCCACCAGUUGUUGCAUAGUCGGACAAAAUCCCUCACCAGUUGUUGCAUAGUCGGACAAAAUCCCCCACCAGUUGUUGCAUAAUCCCCCACCAGUUGUUGCAUAGUCGGACAAAAUCCCCCACCAGUUGUUGCAUAGUCGGACAUACCCUCCUACAAUUUUUGGAUAGUCGGACAAAAUCCUCCCACAAAGUGGUGCAUAGUCGGACAAAACCCACCAACCAAAUGUAGCUUAGUCGGACAAAAUCCUUCAUGCAAUUGUUGCAUCGUCGGAUAAAAUCUUCCCACUAUUUGUUGCAAAAUAGGACAAAAUCCUUCCGUUAUUGUUGCAUAGUCAGAUAAAAACACCUACAAAUUAUUGCAUAGUGAGAAAAAUUCUUCUCACCAAUUUUUGCAUGGUCGAACAAAAUCUUCCUUUCAAUUGUUGCUUAGUCGGAAAAAAUAUUCCCAUCAAUGCUUGCAUUCGCGGACAAUAUCCUCCCACCAAUUGUUGCAUAGUCGGACAAAAUCCCCAACCAAUUGUGUGACAUUGACAGACAAAAUCAAAUUUGCGUUUUUAUUCGUUGUUUAUGAGUAGAAAUGUUAUCCGUUGUUAAAAAUGAAACAAGGUUAUAAAAAAAGUACUAUACGAGAUGAAUGGUAAAUAACAAUUGAAAACGGCAAGAUAAGUUGAAUAGUAUUUGUCCAACAAUGCAACCAUUGGUGGAGGAUUGGGUCCGACUAUGCAUUGUUUUCAUCUUCGCUCAGAGAAUACAAAUUUAGGAGAUUGGUGGUGUUUUUAUGCUCGAUGCAAAUUUAUCAAUUGACCUAAAAUAACAAGUAACAUUUCAGUAUUAGCAUAUGCGCAAUUCGUUCAUCAAUGAAAUGUAAUGAAAAAGGUAACAUGGAAAAAAAAGUAAACAUCCGAACGCCUUAACCUUUCGUUUGCACUAUUUUAACAUUACACUUUUAGCUCUUACUUUAAAUACACUGUUUAACACGUCCAUGAGGUACGUAAUCAUGAACUUGGGUAAACAUAGUUGUCUGUUCUUACCAUCGAUAAUUGCAUGAUAGCAUGUGUUUAACAAUUGGAUUUUAAUUGGAAAAAAUGUCUAUAUAUUGAGCUGUUGAUGCUGCAGUUUAAUUUAAUUAAAUGCAUUGUUGAAAUAACGGAUUAUAAACGAAUGCACACAGUGUAAAUUGCAAGCUUGUUCAUCGUUCUAAUUGUUUGCAUUAUGGAAAAAGUACAUGAUAUUGAGUCGAUGACGGGCAAUGACUUCUGUAUAAAUUGUCGUGAUGGAAAAAGAACAAGAAAAAGCAAGACAUUAAAAUGCAUCCUCGUCGUUUUACUAAUUAGUGUCAUCGGGGCAGCAAUAAGCGUCAUUGUUUACUCAUUACACGAUGACCAUCGCGUUAAGAGAUGCAGUGGACAUGAAAACGAUCAGACGGAUACGAUCAUGAAUUUGCGCGACAAAGUUGCAUCCCUGGAAAGGCGAUUCCGCAAAAUCAGACAAUUAAUCAAUAAUAAAAGCAGACAGAUAGAAGAUGACACUUUUGUACGUACGAUGGUCGAAUAUGAUAGUAACAAGGCCUUGUCCAAGGUGCUCGUAGAUGACAUUGGAACGGAAAAAGAAAGAGCUGGGCUUGGUUUUGCAACAAUUGGAAAUGAUGCAAGGAUAGGAUCAGGGCGGGUUCGCAGAGAUGCGACCGACAACAAGAAAGUUAAAAGAAAAGGGAAAAAAGUAAAGAAGGUACGGAGACCAAAGAAGAAAAAGUACAAGGUGGACGGGCUCUCUGAGAUAACAUCAAGAUUAGGAGCAGGGAAAAGGCGACGGCGUCACAACUCUGGUGCCACCCCAGCCUUUUCAUUCAAGGGUUCGGAUGGUCAACAGGCUACACCAGCCGGUACUUUCUUGUGGGACGAACAGUUUAUGGACAGCAGCAGUUUUGGCAAGCACAUCGUGUUCGACGGAGGUACAGACAGGGUGAAGUUUAAGAAAGCUGGCGUUUAUCGUGUUUUGGCAAAAAUAAUCGUCAACGGGAGAGACUCUCAAACAGGGGCAGUAGACUUCGGAACGGCAUACCUCACCCUUGGACUUGAGCUCUGGGCCUUCCAUCCGUACAACAACCAAUCAACACAGUUAGAUUCUGCAUACGGUGUACAAGUUAGCAGAGGUGCUGAAUACGGAUAUGGAUAUGAUGACUUUCCAACUGAUUCCAUUGAGGUCAGUGGGCUGUACUUCAUUGAACAAAAUGAUGAACUGUUUGUGAAGAAAGUCAGUGAACUGGAAGAGGAUCGAACUGGAGAGAAAUACAAAAAAGAGCCUAUCGCGACUCACUUCGCAGCUUUUAGGAUAGACGCUGGUUAAAGGGACAUUACCCGCAAUGAACCGCGUCAAUGAAAACGAGACUUCUGUAUUCAUAGUUUGGAUAAAGGGUUGUGCUCUCAAACGCUCUUCACUCCAGAAUGAUUUUACCUUUCAAUUCAACUGGCGUCCAGUGUUGUAGUAAAGCACCAUGACUGUAAGAAGGCGCCAAGCAUUAUAUAUAUCUAGAUUGUUUUUUUUUUGAAAAUGGUAAAAUAGUAACUAAAGGAACAUUACUGAUGAACAGUUUCUAUGACAUUGAAUCUAUCAGAAGGAUAAAAACAAACGCAUUUCUUUUUAAUGUUCAAUACUUCAAUAUCAAGAAUUAUGUAUGUGAUUACAUACCAGAGAAGGAGUUUUUAGAGCUAUGCAAAUUUUACAAAAGAAGACUGAAACAGAACAAUGUUAUACCCUUGUGUUUUACCGCACCACUGCUGUUAUAUUAUGCAUAGUUCUAGGUUCAAAUACGUUUGACAGUAUCCAGUCAAUAACUAAUUGUAGUUUUGUAGUGAAUGCUUUUAAGAAAGAUAUCUGCAUUUUUUUUAAACUGAUGUUUGAAUAUCUUUCUGAUUUGAUAUGAACCAUUAGGAAGCAACAAAAUAUUGGUUUGGUUGUCUGGAACGUUUUGAAAUAAAUAGCUCGGCAGAUUAAGUCAAAAAUCGUUCAGAUUGUGAUACCAGCAUCGAAAUUUGCAUAGGUACUACUUAUUUGGAAAAACCCAUUAGCCAUUUUUUUCAAAAUGGCGAAAAUUUUAAAGAUGGCCACCAAUCUCAAUUGAAAGAAAUUAUUCUUAAUACAUAAGUUGACUUAGUAGUUCUAUCAUAAUGGUUUGGGGGUCAAAUAGUGCAUUUGCAUCUAUGGAAAACCAAAUAUAUAGCAUUUAAACUUGUUUGAAGUUCUUACUAUCGCUUACGGGAGAAAAAGAGUGAGAGACAAUGUACAACCAAGGCACAAUGGUGAAACCACUGCCGUGAAACUCAGCAUUUGGUUUAGUUUCAGCUAAAUAUGCUCUUAAGCUUAGUUAAGUGUCCAAGAUGCUAUAUAAUAAUCCCCAAUUACACUUAGAAUGAAAACUAUACGGACAAGCCCAGCAGUCGAACAUUAAAAAAUAAACCCUUUUAAAGUGGCACAAGGCAAGCGUCCAAAUGAUAAUUAACUGUAGACACAAACAUAUUACAUCGCAUACACGAAUACAAACACCAAAAACUCGUUUUCCGUUACAAACUGUUUCUUUGUUACAUUUGCUCAAAACCUAAGUACACCAAACAUGUCGCAAACUGUCUCCCCAAACUAAGUUGACGAUAUUUAAAAUGUUUCAAUGUGUUGACCUCCCUCAACCAACCAUUAUGUAUUGUAGAAUGCGCUCACGAUCUGCCAUUCAAAGUCAUGUGCCCUAUUAAAAUAGAGUAUAAAACAGUUGAAUAAGUAGUACAGUGUUUCGAAUCACCGUUUGAUCAUACAUUUCACUAGUAAUGUAUAUACUAUGUAUGUAAAAUGUAUUUAUUAAAGUGUCACUCUUAUUCAAAAUCAAUAUAUACACGUGUAUGAGAAACAUAAAUUCUGAGUGAUAAACAUUCUUACAAAAUAAUGCAUUUAUGGAAAAUAUUAAUUACUGAUAACAAGAUUGUGACCGUGUGUUUAAUAGCUGAAAACGCAAAAAUAUUAAAUGAUUGGCGAAUGCUGAAAUAUGUAAUGUGCUAUAAUAUCGUCUCAUAAGGUAGAAAUGCCGUGUUUUCUGCACCUUUUCAUUUAAAUUUAACUCGGUAUCUUUUAUAAGAACCAUUGUUUUUUGACAUUUAUUCAUCAUUUUUGGAAUAUUUAAACAAUUAUGGCCAAUCUUAUUUGGGAGUAAGAGUGCAUCUUUAAGUUUUUGUUUGUUUGAAAUAACCGAGUUAUUUCAUAUUAUGUCGAAGAGUGGUUUUCACGUGUGUGAGCAGUUGAUUUUGCAAUGAAACGCAAACUUUCCCUUAAUAUUACGCACAGUCGUCGCUUGGUAACCUUGAACUGUAUUUCCUUAAAGCUGUGCUCUCACAGAUAUACUGGUUUGACAUUUUUUUUUUUUGUCUUGGACCGAGCCAAUUUAUGCGAAUAUGCAUGUUAACCAGUCAUAUAAGACUGCUGACAAAACAUUAGAUUGCAGAUUUUCAUAUUUAAGUUCUAAAAAUGAUGUUUUAUAUAUUUUUCUUAAACCGUUAGUAACGGUUUUAGCCAUAAAACAAUAAUUUUGGAACGGAAAUCUAAAAAUCUGCGUUCUGAUCUUUUGACAGCAGUCUUUCAUUACUGGUUUGCAGUUUUUUUUUCGCAAAAAUUAGCUCAUUCAAAGACCCCAAAAAUAUAGAAAGUUGUAAAAAUCGUAAAUCAGUGAGAGUGCAGCUUUAAAGACUGAAAUAUAGUUACACUUUAGUGUUGUUAUACUUUGCAGUGCCUAUUUUGCUGUUGUCAUUUUUUAUAGGAUGUAUAUCACAUGUGUAAUUGAAAAUGUUUGUUUCACCUUAUUUGGUUGACUUUUGUGUAAAUACAUGUUAUCAUACUGGUGUACGUCUUUAAUAAAUAAGUGAAACCUUU